AUGGAGCAUUAUCGAGAUUCAAAUGUCCUACUAUGCUUGAACGCAUCUAGAAGAAUCGAAUUUGAGGCCGACCCUGAGGUUAUCAAAAUGAACGAAAAAAUUCGAGCUUUGACUCAAGAGAUCGAUAGAAAGAUCCACUUUGUACGGACGGAAGGUAAAACUACAACGGAGUCACCAAGAGAAACUGGUGUAGGAAUGGUGGUUAUUAUCCUAUGA